AAAACAAUUUAAAAUCUGUGUUUAAAAUUUAAAGGACACCGAGAGCCGGAGAUAAGAGAUCAAUAUUUUUGUUUUGAUUGUGGUGAUAUCUGUUUAUUUUAUAGUUAUCUAAAAUCUAAAAAAGCAUUUUCUAAUACGUUUUAAUCAUUACCAUGUUAUCGUCUAUGGUAAAAGAACAUCAUGCAAAACAGAGCGUCAAAAAAGAAAUACAAGAAACUAAACGAAAGGAAGCUUGUGCUGCAGCUAGUGAUUUGACCCAUGCCUUAGUUGAUCAUCUGAACGUUGGAGUCGCUCAGGCCUAUCUCAACCAAAAGAAAUUAGAUGCAGAGGCAAAGCAGCUUCAUUCCAGCGCAUUAGCUUUUUCUAAGCAAACCCAGCAAUGGUUAAAUUUGGUAGAUUCAUUUAGUGGUGCUCUAAAAGAAUUGGGUGAUGUUGAAAAUUGGGCCAAAAUAAUUGAAGGAGAUGUACGAACGAUUACAACUGCCUUGGAAAUAGUCUACAAAAAUUAUCAGGACCAAAAUAAUCCCUAAUGUAUAUUUAAGUUAUGCCUUUUCCAUAAUAUGUGUUAAUUGAUAAGUUCCUUUAAUAAAUUAUGUAUUGUUUUUAUUUUGAA